AGCUCAACCACGGGUGCGAUUAGAUUUCAAAACACUAGUUUUAAGAGAAAAAAGAAAAAAAAAGGGGUCUAAUUGAGAUUUUUUGGACCCGAUCUAUACUAGCAUUUGAUCGAGUCACACCAGUAACAACACAAAUUGGAGUCGGGAAGGAGUUCCGAAAUGCAGCCGGAUGAUCCGAAACUCUCAGAAGAGGCGAUUCAGCUUCCAACGUCAACGAUUGAGCAGUCGCCUUCGUUAUCGGAGCGUUUAUUGAUCCCCACUCUUCUCGCAGGAGUAACAGGGGGAGGAGUUGGUUUACUCUCAAAACGUAGGAAAGCUCAUCCCAAUAUACCAGCUACCUAUGCUACUAAUUCUGCCAUCGUUGCUGCUUGCUAUUGCGGGGUUCGUGAAUUGGUUAGAGUAACUAGAAAAUCACAAGACGAUGACUUAAUGAAUUCAGCCAUUGGUGGUCUUUUCAGUGGUGCUUUAUUAGGACGACUUCAAGGAGGGCCUCGCGGUGCAUUUCGAUACUCUAUAGCUUUUGCUACGGUUGGCACAGCAUUUGAUUAUGCUAGCCUUAAAUCCAAACCUUUAUUAGAGAGAGUGCGUAACAUGGAUUCAAUCACGUUACCUGUGUGGUUUCCUAUACAAAUUCUCGACGAAGAAGCCCUUGCUAAUAAGAAAGCCAAGGAACAGAAACUCUUCACAAGAUUGAACAAAGAAGAAUCUUGACAUCCGAUCAAAACAGUUUAUUUCGGCGUCGUAAUUCCGUUUUUUUAGAUGACUUUGAAGAGGAACCUUGAUAUUUUUGUUUCUUAUUUGUUACACUAUAAAAGUAGUUGUAAACACCUACGAAGUGUUCACUUCUCGGGUUGCUUUUACUUGUUUGUGGUUGUGGUUUUUGAAUUAAGGGUCGCUAUAGUCAACUUCAACACCCUUCUGGAAGAUACUCGCAGCUUUUAUAUUUUUGUCAGUUGUGCCACUGAUUAUAAUAAGUUGCCAAGUUUGAUGAUUUUUGCUUCACA